AUGAAAUGUGUCUCCUCAGUAGCUUACUCGUACCUCAUAAAUGGCGCAGCUCAGGGUCGAGUAGUACCUACCCGUGGGAUCCGUCAGGGCGACCCCUUGUCCCCGUACCUCUUCAUCCUUUGUACGGAAGUUCUAUCGGGGCUUUGCAAGAAAGCGCAGUCACAAGGGGAGGUGGUCGGUAUAAAAGUCUCCCGUAAUAGCCCAGCGAUCAACCACUUGCUUUUUGCGGACGAUACUAUGUUCUUCCAUAGGACAGACUCUAGGAGCUGCACUGCCCUUCUUUCGAUCCUCAAGAAAUAUGAAGGCGCCUCGGGACAAUGCAUCAACCUUGAAAAAUCAUCUAUAACCUUUGGAGCAAAAACCCUGGGAGAAGACAAACGACGCAUCCGCGAGCUGUUCCAUAUAGAGAAUGAGGGAGGCAUAGGCAAAUACCUAGGGCUGCCGGAACACUUCGGGAGAAAGAAACGCAAUAUCUUCGCAGCCCUAGUUGAUCGUAUGCGACAGAAGGCACAAAGCUGGACUAGUAGGUUCCUUUCAGGGGCGGGCAAAAUGGUACUAUUGAAGGCGGUCCUGGCUGCAAUGCCUACCUACUCCAUGUCUUGUUUCAAGUUGCCCUUAUCGCUCGUCAAGCAGCUCCAAUCCGUCCUUACGAGAUUUUUGUGGGAUCUCUCCCCUGAGAUCAAAAAGAUGUGUUGGGUUUCUUGUAGUAACCUCCCAAAACCAAAAAACGCGGGGGGUCUUGGGUUUAGAGAGAUAGCACAAUUCAAUGAUGCGACGCUUGCAAAAAUAUCUUGGAGGAUCCUUAAGGACCCCAACUCUCUUCUCGCAAGGAUUGUGAUCGGGAAGUACUGCAUGAGGACCCCUUUCCUUGAAGAAGUAAGCAUAUGGACUGAACCAUGGUUAUCUACAUCUGAGCCUAUAUCCCCAAUCGGGCCUCCAACUAACGAGAAUCAGUUCUGGAGUGUGUCAAAGCUAAUAGACCCUACCUCGAAAGACUGGAAUGUUGCUGCUAUACAAGAGACCCUACCUCAGUAUGAGGAGGAUAUCCGCAAGCUAGUUCCUAGCUCUUUUCAGUUGGAGGACGAGAGAGUCUGGCUACCAAACGCCAAUGGAAUCUACUCGACAAGAUCAGGCUAUGCGAUUGCAAAACUCUUCAAUGGCAAUGUGAAGGACAAGGAGUUUGAUUGGAAAAAGUGUGUAUGGCAGGUUGAGACCUCCCCGAAGAUUAAACACUUCCUUUGGAAAUCAAAUUGCAAGGCUCUGCCGGUUGGAUCUUUGCUGGAAGCUUGUGGCCUCUCGGUAUCUCCGGUCUGUCGACGUUGUGGGGCUCAGGAAACUGGGUUACAUAUCUUACUCCAAUGCCCUUUCGCUGUGAAGGUUUGGGAUUUUCUUCCAUGUCUCCACAAACCAUCACACACCAACAUCGAAUCGAUCGCCCAACUGCUUCUACAUUGUAGAAGAAUGAUCUCACUUCCUCCAACAGGGUUAGGAAGCACCCCACUGUAUCUGUGGGUUCUUUGGGGUCUUUGGACUAAUCGGAACAAACUCUUAUUUGAGGAUAAGAGUUUCUCGGAAGAAUGCUCAGUGUUGAAAGCGAUCCAAGAUGCUAGAGCUUGGAAGGCUGCUCAGACUUAUGUCGAAAAGCCUUCUCUACCACAUUAUGUGGUCCCAUACGGUUCUCUCCCAACUGCUAACUCUUAUACAUGGUCUUCUUUCUCAGAUGCAGCUUGGGACUCUUCAACAGGUAACUGUGGUAUGGGCUGGCAACUCCGAGAUUCCUUGGAUGUAUGCGCAGAAACAUCUUCCUCUCACCGGCGUUUUGUGCCCUCGACUCUUAUGGCUGAGGCUCUGGCGGUUAAAGCUGCAUUAACGGCAGCUAUCUCAUCACAUGUCAGUAGUCUUCGUGUCUACUCGGACUCAAAGUCUCUCAUCCUGCUCUUGAAGUCUCAGGGACAAGAUGUUAGCUUGAAAGGCGUUCUCCAUGAUAUAAAAAUCUUGGCUCGCUCUUUUGAAUCUAUCUCCUUUUGUUUUAUUCCGCGUUUAGCGAACUCUGUUGCUGACUCUAUUGCUAAGACUGCUCUGUAUUCUCUACACUUCUCUGUUCUCGUAACAGAGUAA